CCGUGUACCGCCAUGCCAUCUGCUCGUCUCUAUUUUGCUAUUUUAAAGUGUGUCCCCGGGCACAUGCGCUGCCCAGGAGAAGCAGGAAGUGAGAAAGCGCCAGGUCUGGGCUGGACCAGGACUGGGCCACAGCGGCCACAUGGGAAUCCGCGCCUUGACGCCACCCCACCGCCACCUCCGGCCACCCCGUCCUGUGUUCCCUGCACCCUCUUCUUUCUUCCGGUCUCCAUCUCUCCUCUCCUCUCUCCCCGCCACUCUCCCUUUCUCUAUUUGAACCUGUCUCCUCUCUCCACCGCCCCCUCCCUUCCGAGGCCUUCCUCUGAACCGCCCCUCCCCGACGCAGAGCCGCCUUCCCGGCACCCCUGCACCUCGCCCUGCAGGCCCUCCAGGCUCUGGGCAGGAGGCAGGUGCCCAGGGAGGCCCGCACAGGCUCUGGGCAGGAGGCUGGCCAGACCUGGCUGGGUCGGGGAGCCAGGGGCCAGGCGUGGGAGGACCCUGGUGACCCCCGCUUUCUCUCUCUGUCUGACCUGGACCCUGGACACUGCCUGGAGGAGGAAAGAGGAAAGCGGCACAGGCUGGGACAGGCAGCCGCAGCCCGGGACGCGCCACACGGAAGGCCCUCUCCCGACUUCCAUUUGCAGAAGGGAAACCCGGCGCCAGUGUUUCCGCGGACCCACCACCGCAGGACGGGGCUUCCCACCCACCUUGGCCAGGACGACAGUGCCCCCUGCCGGGCACGUCUCCCUAACCAGGCCACAGGAUCCCCCAGGCACAUCCCGAGACCGUGAAACCCUCAUCGCCACCUGCUGGCCGAGGGAGCAACUGCAACCCAGCUGGAUCAGACUGCGGGCGGGAGAACAGGGACCCAGUGUCUACGGAAGAGGGGGGCACAGCGAGCUUGCAACUCUCCAUAAAAAUGAACGUCCUUACUCCCAAUCAAUAAAGAUCUUAUCCAGCACACUUCUCGGCAUGUCAGUUUAGAGUCUGAACACACAUGAUCCCAAGCCAAGGGUGGAUUUUCACCCGCAUUCCCAAGGAAAUGCAACCAGGAUG